AUGAUUUACUUCAUUGUUGACGAUUUCGACAUUAAGAUUGAUGCAAAUGCUCUACCCACUGCUGCUAACGAAGAGACAAUUUCUGAAGAGACAGUCCGUAUUCAGGUCAUGGGUCGACUGCUUGAUGAGUUUAAGGCCAACUUUGACGACCCUCUCGGCGAGCUUUUUGGUAUGGAAGAAGAAGGGCCUGAAGAAUAUGCAUACGUGAAGAUCAUCGAUGUUUUUUACUUCUGCUUAAAUCGGACACAGCGGCAGCCCUCUAACUUGAGCCGAGGGCCUUCCGUUAAAACAGCCAAGGAUCCAGUGCGACAGACACAGAAGGUCUUGGAACGAAAUUCCGGUGGCUUUGAUGUGCAGAUAGAAGCAAAACUUCCACGUCCCCUGGACCUUAUACCGGUUGAUCGUCAGAAUUAUUCCAAACACCUACUUCUGAAAGUCAAUGAGCUCCAUUCGAACCGUUACGGAGAGAUCCUGGAGCGGCAUCCAACUGUGGAAAUAUGCGCAAAGCUUGAGAAUAACCUCAUGCCUGGUGUGAGACUGGUUAGUGAUGGGGGACUGUUCUCCCUGGAUGGAUUACGGUCGAUUAGCGGAGAUAUCAAAACAACUGCCGCUGGCAUUUACAUGCAUAUUCUCUGGCCCCCAAAUGAUCCCCAGCAUUUCUGCCUAACCCUCACUGCCAAGGAUCUCGACACAUAUCUGCCUCCAUCUGCGGACCGUUCAUCCGCUGGCCGCCAUCUCAACGUCGUACCACCUAUAUGGCAGAUGUUUUAUGACGAGAAUUUACCGGCAAGGAAAGAAGUUUUUGACCGAGCAGGGUUUGAAGCACUCAUACGGUCAGAUGACCCUGCCGUUCGAUCAUGGGCGCGCCAAGCUACAGCUUCGUAUAACGAUAUCAGGAACUCUCCCGACCCGCGGCUACGCCGCUAUUGGUUUGAGAACAAUCAGAGGCAGCUCCAGCAGGCUUGGGACGCCAAUGAAAAGAGAGCCAUUGAUAGGAUGAAAGUCUAUCAGGUCGAGGGCAAAGAGAGAACUAUACGUUGUGCUCCAGGCCGCAAUCGUGGUUAUAUCACGUGCGGGAAAUUUAAUAUUCCUCUACCUCAAUCGCUUAGCAUGUCACCUGAGAGUAAGGUUUUUGUCCAAUUUCAUCUCUAUGAGAUGGCGGUCUCUCACCGCUACGCGUCUGAAGCAAUGCCCUGCGAUCCAGCGAGUCGACUUGCAAUAUCGAUCAAAGGCUGCAAUUCUUCUAGUGAUGAGAUCGAUGAAUGGAUUCAAAGCUCUGGGAAGAAGGCCGCUAUGAGAAUAAACACGCUAGUAGAUAUGCUAGAGGGUAUCACUCUCACUGAGACUCGCUCGUUUUGUCGGCGUUGGGAUGUGAGUCGCACGGAAAAAGGAGCAUCGCGGAAGACCAACUACACGAACGAGUAG